AUGGCCCUCUUUCAAGCAACUAUUAUUUGCUGUAAACAUCUCACGACGCACUCUUGUGCUGAAGACUUCCGCCAUUACAUUACCACCUGGGUCGAAAGCCUGAGGACUAUUUAUCCUCACACCCGCGAGCGUGUUCCCCGUACCAACAUUCACGGAGCUGGGCAUGUCUAUGACUUUUUAGUCUCAUUCGGACCUGUCAGUUCAUGGUGGUGCUUUCCCUUUGAACGUUUGAUAGGAACGCUGCAGAAAGUCAAUACGAACGAUCAUAUCGGUGGCAUCGCAGAAGCCACGAUGAUGAAAACCAUGGCACAAACAGCGAAUGUUCGCCACUGGCUUCGUCGCCCAGAUUGUCCUGAAGCCAUCAGGCAAUUGAAGCAGCUUUUUGACAAGUGUUUCAUACCAGCCAACACCAUGCAGGAGCAGAAACCUCUGCAGGAAUUGAAAAGCACAUGUCGUGCCUAUGCCAAUCACGAUGGCGUUAAUUUUUCUCCUCAUCAAACGCAUGAGGGUAACACCUGCAUCAUCUACAAACAUAAGUCUGCAGUCAUUACUAUGGCUGGUCAAAUUCAGUGGAUCCAGAACAUCCCCAGGCCAGGUGGGGGCCAGGAUGUCCGGCUUCAUGUAUGA